CAUCCCAGCUACUCAACAACCAACCAACUCCUCACACCAUGGCCUGUUGUGCUACCAGCUUCUGUGGCUUUCCCACUUGCUCUACUGGUGGUACCUGUGGCUCCAGCUGCUGUCAGCCCAGCUGCUGCGAGGCUGGCUAUGGCUAUGGCAUCGGGGGUGGCAUUGGCUGUGGCCAAGAGGGUGGCUAUGGAGGCGUGAGCUACCGCAUUAGAUGGUGCCGCCCAGACUGCCGCGUGGAGGGCACCUGCCUGCCCCCCUGCUGCGUGGUGAGCUGCAUACCCCCAACCUGCUGCCAGCUGCACCAUGCCCAGGCCUCCUGUUGCCGCCCCUCCUACUGUGGACAGUCCUGCUGCCGUCCAGCCUGCUGCUGCUACUGCUGCCAGCCCACCUGCUAAGAGCCAGGUUGCAGAUUUUCAAUUUCCCAGGACAUGGUAUUCUUGAAUUGUGCAUCUCCUUGACCAACCUUGGGCCAGUAACAAGUUCUUGAACCUUUCCUUCAUUGUCUGUUAUGGGGCCACAGAGUACAGGCACAUUACAGCCCUGUCUAAGUCUGUUCUGUAAUCAAUAUCUUGACCCUCUACAGUGGAUCCAGAAAUGCUAAGAACCUUCAUGCUGAUCACCAAAUGGUUCUGGAUACACUGUAUCUGAAAUUCUUGCCGGAAUGAAAAUUGUCAAACUCUUAGGGAAUCUUUUCUUAAGAACAGACCAGAACUCUACUCACCCUGCUUGGUGACCUUUUUUUUUUUAUCUUCUGUUUGCUUAAAGCUUUUCAACAUCAAAGACACCAGACUACAGCUGAGAGACAUUCUUCAGACGUCACCAAAGAAAAUGGAAGUUCUUUACCCAACUUCCAGCCUCUAAGAAAUAAGCUGAACCAUUCCUCAUUUGAACAUUAAAUUCCUUCCUUAUUUUUUUGGAUCAUAAUUAGCUUGCCUGUUGGAUUUUUUCAUUAUAUCUGUAGUAUUGUGUCUUGUGAUGCUUUCUAAUAAAGGUUAUAUCCUGGGCAAAGAAACCA